UUACGGAGUCGGAUUUCAGACGCGGAGACGAGGGCGGUGGUUUUCAUUCAGUUCUUCGGAAGUCACUGUUUGAGAGGUCGGGAAAGGAUUUCAGACCAAUUCUAAGGUUUAAAUAUACAAGUGUUUGGGCAGCACAUCGCUCUGCCUCUACGAGUCCAUCCCCUGUGGUUGUUCUGUUGAGGGGAUGUCAGCAGCCUGUCUCGUGCGCCUGGUGAGGUGCAGUGGCCCUCAUGUGGGAUUGUUACAGAAGAGUCUUGUUCCACUGCCUUUUCAGCACGACCGCUACAAGAAAGAGUUCCCAACCUUCUGCAGACAACUUAAUGGACCCUCAGGAAUACGAUACAGCAACACACGCUUUGACCCAGAUAGCAGCGGCCGCCUCACUACAUGGGAUUCAUUCGGCAUCUGGGAUGAUCGUAUCGACGAGCCCAUCCUGCUUCCUCCCAGCAUUCGUUAUGGCAAGCCUAUUCCUAAAGUCAGCUUAUCAAAGGUAGGCUGUGCUUCCCUUAUUGGUCAGCGCAAGGAGAAUGAAGACCGCUUCCAGGUCUCCCAAAUGACUGACAACAUCCUCUACUUUGCUGUGUUUGACGGACAUGGCGGACCAGAAGCUGCUGAUUUCUGCGAAAAAUACAUGGAGAAGUUUAUCAAGGACUAUGCGGCAGACGAAGACAACCUGGAAAAAGUUUUAACAAAAGCUUUCCUUGAAGUAGACAAAGCUUUUGCCAGACACUUACACUUCUGUCCAAAUGGACCGGAGAUAAAUGCAGGAACCACCGCCACUGUGGCCCUGCUGAGGGACGGCAUCGAGUUGGUGGUUGCCAGCGUGGGGGACAGCCGUGCCAUGCUGUGCCGCAAGAGCAAGGCCCUUAAACUCACCGUCGACCACACUCCUGAGAGGAAGGAUGAGAAGGAGAGGGUAAAGAAAAGUGGAGGCUUUAUCACCUGGAACAGUCUGGGACAGCCCAAUGUCAACGGGAGGUUGGCGAUGACGCGCAGCAUUGGCGACUUUGACCUGAAGAAGACUGGAGUCAUUGCUGAGCCUGAGACCAAAAAAAUAACGUUGCACCAUGUCCAUGACUCCUUCCUGGCUCUGACUACUGACGGAAUUAACUUUAUUAUGAAUAGUCAGGAGAUCUGCAAUGUUAUCAACCAGUGCCAUGACCCCAGAGAGGCAGCUCAGAGAAUAUCUGACCAGGCUCUUCAUUAUGGUACUGAGGACAACAGCACAAUCAUCGUGGUGCCAUUUGGUGCUUGGGGAAAACACAAGAGUUCGGACACAAGUUUCUCCUUCAGCAGAAGUUUUGUGUCAAGUGGCCGCUGGGCCUAGUCAGCAGGUCACUGGAAUAAAAAGAUCAGGUCUGUGGACUCAAUCAUAACAUGUGCAAUACAGUAUGUGCCCUUAAAUUAACAUAAAGAUGGCAGUUUGCUCAUACAUUGAUACCUACUGGGUAUAACAUGUUACUUAGAGCAGCUUCUGUGAAGUAGGAGGCAGUAAAAUCAUAAUGUGCACUAAACUGAGACAACAAUAUCUUCCUGAUGUAAGCUUUUCAUGUCAGCAACUUGCAGCUCAUAGGUGCUAAAAGCUGACAAGUAUUUAAAGAAGACAGGUUUGUUUAGCUAAUUACUGUACCUAUAUUUGAAAUGUUUUACUCCCAAAGUAAAACUAGCUUGGACAAGUUGCAUUUAAAGAAAAAUGUUAAAUAGUUUUUGUAUUUCUCCACCAAUUUUAAGUCUAAAGGUUUUACGUUUGGCCAUAUUGUCACAGUGACUACCUGCUUAAAAUAUAGGGAAAAAAAACAGCACUUAAAUUGAAAUGCUUGAUAAUCAUUGGAGAGAAUUCAAAAUCAUUUUUAAGCACAUAAAUGAGUAAAUUAUCUAUCAGGGGCAUAGCAUUUGUUCUUAAAAUGAUCAAAAGCACUUACAGGAGUGUGAGAGGGAAUUUUGCAAAACUACAUUGAUCUUUAAACAACCGCUCACCCACCUCAGAUCAAUAAGGGAUUAGACUAAAAAGAAAUUAAGCAAAAGCCUGCAAUUUGCCAUUGACUCACUUUGUUUUAGAGCUACCACACAAGACAUGCAUAUUUAAAAUGUGCUCAGUUAUUUAAAAAAAGAAAGCUAUAGCAGUUUACGGGGCUUAAUUUGUUAAAUAAAAUUCUACUUAAACAUCUGUUUGUGGCCCAGAAUAUUAUUCAUAUGGGAUUAAGAAUCAGAGUUCUCUCUUAACAGAGGAGAUUACUUUACUACUUCACGUUGCUUUGCAGAUAUCCUGGUAUGUCUAAAUUAUUUUUAAGCCACGAGAACAGCAUAAUUAUUAGGUAAUGUUUUAUAAAAAAGUCCCUGACAGAUUUUAAGACUUUAUAUUAGUUUCAAAGUGUCAAAAAAUCCAGUGUUUAUAAACAUAUCUGCCUGAGUUUCCACCUAAACAAUACUACAUACUAUUUUUUUGUGUGUGUUCAGAUAAUUUACCAAACCACCACUGAAAGACGGCUGCCCAUUUCUACAAUCCUGGGAGAAUUUAGUCAGGUUUUCAGUGCUUUGGAGUAUCUCUAAAUGUUUUUAUUAUAAUCACAUUUCAAAGACUGAAACAUCUUUUUUUUCCUUCCAAUUUAAACACUGCUUUUGGUUGUGUAUCAAUACCUGAUCUAAAAUGCUUUUUGCUGAGGCACAAACAAAUGUUCAGGGUACAGAAAUGUAUUGUGUAAGUUUUUGUAAAUAGAUGUAUUUAUGUAUUUGUGUUAUACUGACAGUUAUGUAUAUUUGUUUAAUAUCUAUCCAUGAUCCCACAUAUCUGAAUGUUUGACACACGCAGUUUAGGCGCUUGUGUUGUACAAAGCUGCAUUAUUAUUAUUUUUUCUUGUAAGUCAAAUUUAUUCUGGAAUUAUUUCUACCUUGUUGUAUUUCUUGGGAAGAACAAAGCACUCAAUGCAACUCUAAAUCUCUGCCAAGAGCCAUGUAUGACAGUGUGAAUAUUUGCUUAAGAAAACAAUCUGAAUUUGUACAGGCAUCUGUAAUUAAGAUGGAACUUGGCCGACUUAUUGUGAGUUGACACGUUAAAGACGGACUGUCUAGUUCUUGUUCAGUUUGUAUUAUUCUUUGUGUUUAGUAUUAAGCAAAUGCAUCGCUUCAUAUUUAUCAGCAUUGUUUUGUCCUGGACAGCUGCAAACAUGUUGUGUAACAAUCCUAAAUCUCACCUGUAAAUAAGACUGACUCAUCUGAUGAGCCUGUGAUUUGCUAUCAUUAUAAGGACUUUUGUCUUUUACCCUAACAGAGCUUACUACCACAACCUAAAGGUAUCUGUCACUCAGCGUUCAAGUACUUGUACCUGGUUUUAAUGCUGUGCAAAUAUUCUCUCUGCAGCUGUAGAUGUGACUCAACGCUGUUAGUACUGUGAUUAUAUAUAUAUAUGUAUACAUAAAUAUUUUAUUUGUAUUAA